AUGGCCGAGGUCGCCGACGGACACACCUACAAGUUCAACGUCAGCAUGAGCUGCGGCGGCUGCUCCGGCGCCGUCGACCGCGUGCUCAAGAAGCUUGAUGGCGUCAAGAGCUACGAGGUCAGCCUCGAGAACCAGUCCGCCGUCGUCGUCGCCAGCCCGGAACUCAGCUACGAGAAGGUCCUGCAGACCAUCUCCAAGACCGGCAAGAAGGUCAACAGCGGCGAGGCCGACGGCGUCGAGAAGAGCGUCGAGCUGGAAGCAUAG